AUGAUUGGUCACUUGUCUUUGUUAGGUUUUCGUCUGUUUGAAUGGUUUGAUAUUGAUUUUGUAGUCCAAAUGGCUUUCCCUAACAAGCUUGGGAGCCUAGUGAGGCAGUCUCUUUCCCAGAAUGGGCAAGUUCCAAUGGCAUCCAUGCUGAACACUAUUCGCUGCAUGUCUUCAUCAAGGCUUUUCGUUGGAGGUCUUGCAUGGGCAACUGAUGACCAAACACUCAGGGAUGCAUUUGCUAACUUUGGGGAAGUGACUGAUGCAAGGGUUGUCACUGAUAGAGAUACUGGGAGGUCUCGCGGAUUUGGUUUUGUUUCAUUUGAAAGCAAUAAAUCUGCUGACGAAGCACUGUCAGCAAUGGAUGGCCAGGUCAGAAAUAGAAUGUUUUUGAGGGAGUUUAGUGCCCUGAUUCCUGAAUUUUAUGUUGACUGUUCCACUUGGAUGUUGCAGGAUUUGGGAGGAAGAAACAUUCGUGUGAGCUAUGCUAAUGAAAGGAAACCUUUCAAUAACAGUUACUCCCAGGAUCAAGGUUUUAGUGGUUAUUUUGAGAGAGGGGGGUUAGGGGAUGUACUGAGGGAUGAGAGGUGGAGGAAGAUGGCUAGAAAAUAG